GCAUUUUAGCUCUUUCAGAAUAGCAGCGCUGACGGCCGAGUCUCAGUGCAUUCUGCUGGUGCUUUGUACUCAGUGUGGUUGCAGUUUGCAUCUCUGCAGCUGGUGUGAAGCUUUGGAUCUCUCACACAAAUCACCAAGGAGUGGUCACACAAUGGGACUAUUUCUUCAGCUUCCCUAUUACAGUCUUCUUAGCGAGACAGGCUGGUCAGAGUACAGGAUCAGACUGUCCAUCUUCCUCAUCUUCACCGUGAUCUCUGGUGUUCCAGCUCUGGUUUGGGCUCUUAUUGUUCUACGCCGUCAUCAUAAACGCAAGGGCAGAAUCUCAGUCUUCAUCAUUCUCGUCCUCCUCAAUGAUGUGCUGGAGCUGCUUCUGAAUCCAUACAUAGCGACGACACUGAUCCAAGGAGGCUGCGACAGGAACACAGACAUCACAUGCCGAACACUGUCAUCUUUAUCGUCAGGAUCAAGACUCUGUGGUGUCUACCUCCAGCAGAUGAUGGUGUUUGAGAGCGUUCUUGCUCUGAGACAUCCAUCCUGCUCCGCUCAUGUUUUCUUUCCCCACUGCUCCAUCAUAAUCUCUCUCCUAAUGUUCGUUUGUUUUUUCCUGUGUCAGUUUUUCACAGCACGAGAGUUUCUACUUUUGAGUCUGCUGCCGCUGUUAGCCGUGACGGUCACCUCGUGGAUAAUCACCUGUAGAAGACCACCCAUUAAAACCCACAGCUCCGACAGAACCAAGAAGCAAGACCGCACAGUGUUAGCUUUUGCCACGAUCAGCAUGAUCAUAUAUUUGACUUUUAUCACUCUGUAUGUUUUUGUAUAUAUCUGGAGCCUGGAAACGAUAAGCACCUGUCUGCUGAGUUUGAGAGUGACCAUAGACCCACUGCUGUGUGUGCUGGUCAGCAGAGAGAAACACCUCAGUACUGACCAAACCACUGUUGAAGAUGAAAGCUGAAAGUGUCCUACUUACCAUGCUUACUGUUUUAACUCAAAAACGUUAGUAAGCAG